AUGAAGUUGUUACACGCAAUCAUUGCGGCAAUAUGUAUUUCAACAUCUACAGCCACGACUUUGUCUUCAGAUACAGCUGCUACUCCUGAAAUAGUUUAUGUCACAAUGAAGAAUGUUAUGACCGAAGUCGUCACUGAGACUGAGUGCAAUAAGAGUGAUUGUACAAAAUCUACAGCCGUACCAUCUGCAACAAACGAGUCUCCACUGGUGGUUUAUGUCACAAUGAAAAAUGUCAUGACCGAAGUUGUCACUGAGACAGAAUGCAAUAAGAGUGACUGUACGAAGUCUACAACUGUACCAUCUGCAACAAAUGAGUCUCCUCUGGUGGUUUAUGUCACAAUGAAAAAUGUCAUGACCGAGGUAAUCACUGAGACAGAAUGCAAUAAGAGUGACUGCACAAAAGCCAGUCUGUCUGCUGAAGGUAAUGUUGAUGCGGAGAUUACAGGGUCCGAUGUCAGAUCCAUACUCUCUACAUCAAUAACUUCUGAUGCAGCUGCAACCACUGACCCACAGGUGGUCUAUGUUACUAUGAAAAACGUUAAAACGGAGGUUAUCACUGAAACAGAGUGUAACAAAGGUACUUGCACUAGAAUCACAGAUACAACCAAAGAGGCCAUCCAAUCAUCUGCUACAGAUGCAUAUCCGCAAAUUGUAUACGUCACUAUGAAGAAUAUUACCACGGCGGUAAUCACUGAGGUUGUGUGCAAUAAGAGUACUUGUACUCUAGUCACUUCUGAAUCUAUUUUACCAUCUUCCACAAAAUCUGUUCCGCUGAUAGUUUAUGUUACUAUGAAGAACAUAAAAACAGAAGUGAUUACGGAGACAGUCUGCAAUAAGAGUACAUGCACCAAAGUUACACAAACAACAGGAGUGUCCACAGUUACAGACAACUCAAGUACAUAUACUACUUAUGUCCCUUUGACUACAUCUGUUCUAUCCACAUCAGUAAAGUCAAGCUCCACUGUUGCAAAAUCUACUACAUCAAAAACUCCUACUUCUCCAAGUUCGUCCUUAUUUACAACUGUUGCUGCUCUUGAAUCGACCUCAACAGUAAAGCUCACCACCGAGAAAAGUACGUCAGUACUUUCUACCUCGAUCACUUCUGAUGCAAGUGCUUCUCAAACAACAAACUUGUCAACUAGUAUUUUAAAGUCUGUUGACACCAACCCUCCAUAUGUCAUUUCCUCGGUUCCGAGCUCAACAUCAAGUGUAGAAGCUUCAACCGAGUAUUCAAGUUACCCAACAUCAAUUAAAUCAAAUCCUUUCACCACCGUGGUUGACGAGGCAGUGGUGAAGGAAAUUGAGACCACGAUAAUUACGAUUACAUCUUGCUCAGAAAACUCAUGUUCAAAGACCAUCCAAACUACAGGCCUCACAACCGUGACUGUAGGUAGUAUAAUUUAUACCACGUAUUGCCCAUUAACAACUGAAGCUCCAGAAAAGACCACCACCGCUACUGCCGCCGCCGCCCCUAGCAGCAACAGUAGUAGCACCACCACCACCACCACUAAAACGUCAUCCUCAUCAGCCUCGUUGUCCAAGGUCACAACUACAGUUUCAACAAUAAAAGGCUCCAGUUUGCCAGCCAAGUCUUCGACAACGAGUAUUUCCUCAUCUAAAUCAUCUUCAGCAAAUAAUGUUUCCAGAACUACUUCGAUAAUGAGCACGUCAGUGACUCCAAUUGCCACUUCUAUGACCACACAAUACGUGGGUAAAAAAUCGAGUAAGGAGGAUACGACAACCACUACUUCAACUAUUGAUAUUACAAUAUUUGUCACUUCUAGUUGCUCAGAAGAACACUGCUUGCCAAUGACAUUAUCUUCAGUUGUUGAAGUAUUGACAAAGGGAGAUUCAACCAUUAUUUCAUAUGCACCUAUUCCUACUGCAGAACCGGUACGCUCGGUUGCAAACCAAGUCGUCAAUGAACAAGUCCAGUCUCAGUCAAACUUGAAUCCUGUUGUAGCGCCUUCAAAUCAAGUCAUUGAUUUGGUACAGCAACAGCCGUCUGUUGCAGAACAAGCUGUUUCGCAAAGCACGACCACUGUUGGCACUACUCCACAAGAGGUGUCAGAAUACACGGGGUCUGCUAUCAAAUUUAGUCCUUCUUACGCUUUCGUAUUUGUUGCCGCUAUAGCUUAUCUCUAG